AUGUCUUCUUCCUCGACGGGGAAGCCGACCUCCUCUGGUUCUGAGUCCGAUCCGCAGGCGACGGUGGACCAGAGGAAGCGCCGGCGGAUGGAGUCGAACCGGGAGUCGGCGAGGCGGUCCCGGAUGAGGAAGCAGCAGCACCUGGACGAGCUGAUCAAGCAGGCGGCCCAACUCGAUGAGGAGAACGCCCGGAUCGUCGUGCAGAUCGACGCGUACGCGCAGCAGUUCGCCAAGCUCGACUUGGAGAACGCCAUCCUCGGCGCGCGGGUGAUGGAGCUGACGGAGAGGCUGCAGUCGCUCAACUCGGUGCUCUACAUGGUCGAAGAGUUCAGCGGCGUGGCCAUGGACAUCCCCGAGAUUCCCGAUCCGCUCCUGAAGCCAUGGCAGCUCCCCUGCCCGUCGCAGGCGAUCACCGCCUCCGCUGACAUUUUACCGUACUGA